AAUUUUAAAAGUUCAAAAAGUAUAAGCACAGAUUGCAUGACUAAACCAUAAAACGAAAAAGAAGAAAAUUCUCUCUGCCUUUUAAAGCUUCCUCAGCUUUCAUCUUCCCCCACCCCCUAAAUUCCCAAAUAUUGAAUCUUGUUUUUCUAAAUAUGGAAGAGCUGAGCUUCAUUGUCGGUGUUAUAGGCAAUGUCAUCUCAGUUCUGGUUUUUCUUUCUCCAGUUGGAACGUUUUGGAGGAUAGUGAAGAAUGGAUCAACGGAGGAUUUUGAGAGUCUUCCUUACGUUUGCACAUUGUUGAGUUCAAGCUUGUGGACUUACUAUGGAAUCACAAAGCCUGGGGCUUACCUUGUUGCCACUGUGAAUGGCUUUGGCAUCCUGGCUGAAGCUGUCUAUGUUGUUUUGUUCCUGAUAUAUGCACCCAGAAAGAUGAGGGUGAAGACUGGGAUUUUAGUGGGGAUAUUAAAUGUGGGGUUCCUAGCAGCAGCUAUUUUGGCUACUCAUUUAGCAUUGGAAGGAGACACUCGAAUCGAUGCAAUAGGGUUCAUGUGUGCUGGGCUUAACAUCAUCAUGUAUGGCUCCCCUUUAGCUGCCAUGAAAACGGUAGUGACAAGCAAAAGUGUAGAAUACAUGCCAUUUUUUCUGUCGUUUUUCCUGUUCUUGAACGGAGGAAUUUGGGCAUUCUAUGCAUUGCUGGAGCAUGACAUUUUCCUUGGGGUACCAAAUGGGAUAGGUUUUCUACUUGGAACAGCACAACUUAUUCUGUAUGCCCUUUAUCGCAAAGCAAGGCCAUCAAACGACACCAUUUCUCAAGGAUUACUGGAACAAGGUUUUCAAAAGUAGUCCCAAUCCCGCCAUUCUCAUUACUACUGUGCUUUGCAAGUCAACCAUCUUCCUACAAUUUUUUAUUUUUUUAUUUUGGUUUAAUAAGAGAAAAUGAAAUAUUAUGAUGUGGUAGACUAUAUGUGCCAUACUGUUUGCUCUAAGUAUUUCUAUAUUUUAGAGAUUUUGGUUUCAUUGUCACUUUAUAUUCUUUAGCAGCUUCAAGAUACAUAUUUAGGUUCUCUUUAGAGUUCAAAGUGUUAAUAUCCUAUGACUUAUUAAUAUGAUGCAAAAUUAAUUACUAUA